AUGGUUAUCAAACGGACAAACGUAAACAACCAGUGUGAGGCGAAACAUGACACACCCACCAACGCUCGUCCGAACAGCGCCACACCCACCAACGCUGGUCCGAACAGCGCCGCACCCACCAACGCUGGUCCAAACAGCGCCGCACCCACCAACGCUCGUCCAAACAGCGCCACACCCACCAACGCUCGUCCGAACAGCGCCACACCCACCAACGCUGGUCCAAACAGCGCCACACCCACCAACGCUCGUCCGAACAGCGCCACACCCACCAACGCUCAUACAAACAGCGCCGCACCCACCAACGCUCAUACAAACAGCGCUACACCCACCAACGCUCGUCCAAACAGCGCCACACCCACCAACGCUCGUCCUAACAGCGCCACACCCACCAACGCUGGUCCGAACAGCGCCGCACCCACCAACGCUGGUCCAAACAGCGCCGCACCCACCAACGCUCGUCCAAACAGCGCCACAUCCACCAACGCUCGUCCGAACAGCGCCACACCCACCAACGCUGGUCCAAACAGCGCCACACCCACCAACGCUCGUCCAAACAGCGCUACACCCACCAACGCUCGUCCAAACAGCGCCACACCCACCAACGCUCGUCCGAACAGCGCCACACCCACCAACGCUCAUACAAACAGCGCCACACCCACCAACGCUCAUACAAACAGCGCCACACCCACCAACGCUCAUACAAACAGCGCCACACCCACCAACGCUCGUCCGAACAGCGCACACACCCACCAACGCUCAUACAAACAGCGCCACACCCACCAACGCUCGUCCAAACAGCGCUACACCCACCAACGCUCGUCCAAACAGCGCUACACCCACCAACGCUCCGCUACACCCACCAACGCUCGUCCAAACAGCGCUACACCCACCAACGCUCGUCCAAACAGCGCCACAUCCACCAACGCUCGUCCAAACAGCGCCACAUCCACCAACGCUUAUACAAACAGCGCUACACCCACCAACGCUCGUCCAAACAGCGCUACACCCACCAACGCUCGUCCAAACAGCGCCACACCCACCAACGCUCGUCCAAACAGCGCCACACCCACCAACGCUCGUCCAAACAGCGCCACAUCCACCAACGCUCGUCCAAACAGCGCCACAUCCACCAACGCUUAUACAAACAGCGCUACACCCACCAACGCUCGUCCAAACAGCGCUACACCCACCAACGCUCGUCCAAACAGCGCCACAUCCACCAACGCUCAUACAAACAGCGCUACACCCACCAACGCUUAUACAAACAGCGCCACACCCACCAACGCUCGUCCAAACAGCGCCACAUCCACCAACGCUCGUCCAAACAGCGCUACACCCACCAACGCUUAUACAAACAGCGCCGCACCCACCAACGCUGGUCCAAACAGCGCCACACCCACCAACGCUCGUCCGAACAGCGCCACACCCACCAACGCUUGUCCAAAAAGCGCCGCACCCACCAACGCUCGUAAAAACAGCGCCACACCCACCAACGCUCAUACAAACAGCGCCACACCCACCAACGCUCAUAAAACAGCGCCACACCUACCAACGCUCAUAAAACAGCGCCACACCCACCAACGCUUGUCCAAACAGCGCCACACCCACCAACGCUCGUCCGAACAGCGCCGCGUUCCUCUCUGUGUUCAGCACAGAUCUGAAACCACUUGGAAAAGUGCAAUAACGGCCUCCAUGACAGACCCCCCACAGAGACCUCGCCAAGCCUUUGAUUUCCACGGAGGAGGAGGGGCCUCGCACGAGAGGUCCGAGAAGGAUCACAGCAGAUUUCCCACGCUGCAAAAGAGCUAUUAUCCUGUCAGAGAAAAGGGCUGCAAUUCUGCAGAGUUUAAGUGUGAGAACAGUGCCAGUGGGUGUCGUCAGAAGCACUUGAUGCGGACCUUCCCACCAGUGGACUGGACCAUGACUUUCGUUUGA